UCACAGGGUGCUACCAGAGUUCGACCAGUUUCCAGUACUUCAUACCAUUUCUUCUCCUUUCUGUGUGCGAACUGGGUGGGCCAGAGGCAUAUAUCUGUACAAACACACGCUGACAGGUGUUCUCCCCAGGACUCAUGGUGCUCACGCUCAUACGCGCCAUACAGCACUGGCGGAUGAACCCAAGUCGUCUGUAUGUUGCCCUGGUGAACCAUAACAUAUCCUAUUAUGCAUGCGGUUUUCUGCUCUCGGUAACGAACAUCGUCGGAUCGCUACUCUUCCAGUACUCCUAUCAGAACAUUUUGUAUGAUUUCGAGUUCAUGACCCUUGCAAUCCUUGCCACACGCAUGCACCUCCAUCUCUGGCAAACGGACCAACGUGCACACGGCUCUGGCAGCCUCAUGCAUAUUCCAAUGUCCGACGUGCCAUCUGUAAAUUCAAUGGCGUGACCCGUGGCUUAUUCGAUGUCGUUCGUGGAGCGGUGCCUGGAUCGUACAAGAUGACUGCUGGGUGAGUUUGGUAGAGUUUGCUACGUACUUGACUUGUAGGAUGAGUCUGUAGCGGAGGUGGGAGGAGCAUCUGGAUGGCGUUGGUCUAUUUAAACCCUUGAUUUCCACUGUAAGCGGCGAGAGAUUCAGGAUCCAUAAUUUGAGUGUGUUGAGGGCCUGACUCGGACGCACAGCCUGACGAAUAUAGUACAGACAUACUAAAGCACAC